AGCCGGUUGUUGAAUACACUGUUGAAUAUCGACAAUUUUCACGUAAACAGUGGAACAGUAGCCGAGUACUAUAAUAUGUUUUAAUAAUUUUUUGUAAAACAGAAAUUUUGACUGUGUUAACAUAAUAAUAAUCAAAACAGAAUUCGUCGAAAGAAAGAUAAACAAGUACUGCGACAUGGGCUGAACCCCGUGUCGAACACCACGCGUAUACGUGCGAUUUUUAUUUCAGUUCAUGUGAUGUCCAAAAAAUCAUGUUAACGCAGGAAUACCUUAUAAAAGUACUAUUACGAUAAUUAAUCAUCAUGCAAGUAAUGCUAAUGUACAUUUUUCCCGGAAUCGUGGCCAACUUUGCUAUAUGGCUAUAUUGGCCUGACUUAGCAUGGUACUCUUUUUACGGAUUUUUCACACUUUCCUGUUGUUUGUUUGGAACAUUCGCCGUCAUUCAAGUGCACAUUGCUCUGUCACCAAAGCAUCAUACCGGGUUAGGUACUGUGAAAACUGUCGCAGAUAUGGAUGCUUUUAGGCACAUGAUUAUGAAAGGAUACGAACCCAAGUUAUCGGCAGUGCGAAAACCUGCUCGAUAUCCGUUGGUCUUUACUAGAAUGGUAGAUGGAGCGUUGCAGAAUCUUCUUGAUUUAGCUUUUAAAGAUUUUGUUGGAUCUUGGCUGGCAGAGCUGGCUUUUGGCUCUGAACAAAUAGUAGAUAACAUGAAACAAGACGUUUGGGGUGCUAUACAAAGUCUACAUGAUAGACUGGCUCGUGUAGAUCAUACAAAGCUUGUGGCAUGCGAUUUGGUCAACAAAGUUACUUUUCACUUUGAAAAAAUCAGAAUUGCUCAAGCUGCAGCAAUGGAGGGUGAAGACCCAGUGUUCAUUCUAUCGGCACACCUUAUGUCACCGUUAGAUGAAUUAGAUUACUUAAGACUAGUGAGCGAGAUAUGCAUUAUGUUUUUUUUACCACGAAGCUACUCUUUGUCUCCAGCUAAAUUUCUUCUCAGAGAAGUUAUUACUUGCAAAAUAUUGAAGCCGGCAAUAGAUCUAAUAACAGAUCCAGACUACAUAAAUCAGAAGAUUCUGCUUUACAUUGAACAACAACAGCUUACGGAAGCAAUGCAUAAGAAAACUUACGAGUAUGCGGAAUCGUUUGAAGACUUCAUUCAAAUGAUUAAGAAUUCCAAGGACUUGGAAGUUCUGAGACAUAUCAGAUAUAACAUAGUCACUGAAAUUAUGCAGGCUACAACUGUACAAAAUGUUAAAAGAGCUCAGGGACUAGAUCCUGAAAGCAAUAAUCUUGGUAAAUCAGAUGUUGUUCAGGCGAGAAAGUUAAAAAGAUAUAUCAGUCAGUUAACAUAUGCCAAAAAUAUUUGCGAAUGUCAUAUGCAAGCUCUAGGCUGGAAUGAUUAUCCUGUACAGGAAAGCGACAUAUCUGAUCCAGCUGCGGUUGCGGAUGGUCGAAUAGUACCUUUACAGGUAAUCUUAGACAAUGUGACUGGACGCCGUUAUCUGUCUCAGUUCUUAGAGCAAGUUGCUAGCCAAGGAUUGAUUGGUUACUGGGCAGCAGUGCAAGAAUUGCGUGCUGCUGAAAGAUCAAAUUGGCACCAAUUGGGAGCAGAAAUAUUUUAUACAUAUAUUAGAUCCCCGACUGCUGAAAUUAAAGUCGACAAGAAUCUGAGGAAGAGAAUGGAAAGUUUUUUACUGGGAGACAAAGGGCCUGAGGUAUUUUAUGAAGUUCAGGAGAGUGUUGUUAGAACGUUGGAAGAAAAGUAUUAUUCAUCAUUUCUCGUCAGUGAACAUUAUAAAAAAAUGCAAGAGGCAUUGAUCAAUGAGAGAGCAGAUGGUCUAUUGGAAGACUGUCAGUUGGCGGAUGGAACUAUAUCUGAAACUUCUUCAUUACUGGUUGGUGAACAUUCAAAUUAUGCUCGUAGUAAACUUGAUCAGCUCCAAGAAAAGCUAAGCAAUAAAAUGCAAGCGUUACAAGCACUUAGAUCAUCGUUAAAACCCGAGAGUAGAGUUUUGAGUAUUUUGGAGAAGGAAGUCGAGUGGCUACAGGGGGAGAGAAGGCAGCUCGAAGCUCAUUUAACUCAUACUGAAAUGUGGGCGGAACAUUUGGGGCACUGGACAGCAGAUGUUCAAAGCGCUGAGAUCCCAGAAAAUGGAGAAGCGCCACAAUUUGUACUUGUGGUACACAUGGCUGAGGAUGAAAAUAACGAAGAGAGUAUAUCAACCGGUUGGGUUGUGCUCAGAAGAUUGCCUGAAUUCCAAGAACUCCACAGAAAAUUACGUCAAUUAUGUUCGAACGUGAAGAAUCUUGAACUUCCCUCACAGCCGCUGAAAUUCUUUGGAAAAUCUGAUAGAAACAGUUUGGACAAAGCAAAGAUACAGAUUCAAAAAUAUCUAAAUUAUGUUUUGGAAGAUGAUCGUCUGAACCAAAGUGAAGCUUUGUAUGCAUUUUUGAGUCCGAGUUCUGAACAUUUGAAACAUACAGCUCCAUCACCUAAAAAAUCUCGCUUUUCUCUAUCGACUCUGUUUAAAACUGGAUCAGGAGGCAGCGGAGAUUCCAGAGACAAAGACGAAGAAGAAGACUACUCGUUAUUGUUGGAUGAUGGAGAAGGUGGUCGCAUGGGUAAUUCCGACGGUAUGGGAUCUGGUAAAGAUGCGAUUGCCGAACCACUUUACACCCUGCUCGGAGAAGUGUUUGAUCUUAGAGGAGUGUUUCGGUGGCUGAGAAGGUCUUUGAUUACAUUUGUUCAAAUCACUUAUGGUCGUACGAUAAACCGGCAAGUUAGAGAAACUGUAGGAUGGGUAUUUUCUGAGCCAAUGUUACAUUAUUAUAUACAAUUGUUUACAAAAUCGUGGUGGCCAAAUGGCCAGAUGUGCGUUGAAAACAACGUUCGUUCUGAUGAGGAGAAAUUGAAAACUAGAGGAGAGGCUCGCAGACAAUUUUUGAAUAAUGUACCUGAAGUUCUGACCAAUUUGGUCGGAGCUCAAAGUGCCCAACGUGGAGCGACCAAAGUAUUUGAUUCGCUACAAAAUGUUUACCUGAACAAGCAGUUGUUUUAUGAUAUUUUCGAAGUCCUGAUGUACGAAGUAUUUCCAGAGCUGCAUCCAAAAUAGAGGUGUGAUAUUAACGUUAUUUUUUACUGUCAAUUAUUUGAUUUAAUCACUUUUCAAUCACCGAACAACUAAAACGUGAAAUCUGUACAAAAACUAUUCCCCGCAAAGAAAAAAUUUAGUGAAAAAAGUUUCAAGCAAAGAUCUAACUUUAGAGUCGUAUUUUUUCAUAAUAUUGCUAUAUUGUGAUAAUAAUUUGAACAAUGAUUUUAUUCGAUUUCAUCUUUCUACUGCUAAAUUCAGAUUCGUUAUUGACGAAUACAAUCGAUGAUCUAACAUUAAUUUUAUACUCGGUUCCAUUCCAAAUGAUACAAUUCUCAGUAUCAAAGAGACAAAGAAUUAUACAUAUUGCGUGUCGAUUACGAAUGUGUGUAAAUCAUUUCAAACAUUAACACGAAUGACUAACUAAACGAGGCCAGUAUUGAAAUCCAAUAAGGAUUAAUUUUAACUUUUAAAUUUUAUGUGUCACAAACAUGAUAAACAAUUGUGAUUAAAUUCUCAGCAUACCACUGCAAUUAUAAAAAUUAUAAAUCAGAGUUAAAAAACAAAAUUAUUAUUAAUUAUUUAUUAACUGUUAAAUAAUAUUAAUACUCUUAUAUUUUAUUCAGUCAGGCAAUGUGCUUGUUAUACUGACAAGAAAUUUGUUAAUAAUUAUCGUUUACAAAUUAUACAAUUGAGGCCAUAGAUUUUAUUUGAAAUACUUUAAUUUACUUGUUAUAGAAAAAGAGCAAGGUGAAAAAAGGUAGAGAGUACGCAGGAAAUGUGAUGCAUUAGGAUUCUCUUAUAUCUCUAAUUUUAUCUAAAUAUUUUAAUGUCAAAGUUACGUAAAAUAUUUAUUUUUCAACUUUUGAUUUCGUCUUUUGAAAAACUCGUCUGAACCCCUAAAGUUCUAAUAUUUAAUUGAAAACUUACCAAAAAUUUUGAAUAGGCUUAUGCAAUUGCAUCAUUGCUAAUUCAGCCUGAUUACUUAAUUUGUAAUUUUUUAAUUUACACACGUAUUUUAUACGGAUAUGAAUGAGGGACCCAGAUAGACACGGUAAACUGAAAGAAAUGCUCUAUUUUCGAACUACGUUAGUAAACCGUAUGUUUUCUGUGUUUUGAUCAAUAAUGAUGUAAUUACACAUCCAGAUUCUUACGAUUAGGCGUUAUAGCAUCGACGUAACCAUGCAAAAGUUACUUUUAAAAAAUCAUUUAUUGCGUCCGUGUCUAAAAUUUUACUAGCAGGAAAACUUCUCACAUCAGGAAGCGCUAUGUAUAAUCACUGGGGAAGAACUAUAUACACGCCUUAAAUUGUGUCAACUAGAUCUGCCAGUCGAUUAGCAGCUGUACAAAUCAAAUAGUGUUUGUAAUUAAAUGUUUCAAGUGCGAUAUUUCAUUCAUCAUGCUGGCUGAAGAAAUCUCAAGUAGUAAAUAUCGUAUUAGUACGAUCACUGUAGUUAUUAAAACACUGCCUGUAUUAAUAUUUUUUUGAUCGGUCUUUUUACUUUAUUUGUUAAUAGAUACGCGUCAUAGAAAAUUAAUAUCCUACCAAUUGAUAUGUCAAUUUUAGUUUAAGCUGCUAUCAAAUUCAUUGAAUAACUGUAAUUAAAAAAAAAAAAAAAAAAAAUAGACUGAAUUUAAGUAAAUAACCGAAUUCCAAACUUUUCACAGUCUGGAGGAAAUGGAAUUCAUUUUGAGGUAUUUUAAACUCAAUUAAUUCAAUUCCCUUCUACUACUUCCGAAUUUUUAAAAAUUCGAGAUUGGGUUUAAAUUGUACGUCGUCUAAAGAUAUUCGCGAUGCUUUAUUAUUUCAAGAAUUUUUAAAAAGUUUCUUCGAUAUUUUUCUUCAAUUCAUAAUGACAAGUGCCAUAAUUGGAUUAUAAAAAUGACCUCGAUCCAACUACGAAAUUGUAUUACUAAUGAAAUUUCGACAAGACGUUCACGUUCCAUCACUGGUUUUGGAGCAAAACGAUACUUGCCUUCUUCUGACUGAAUACCAGUGGUUGCAUUAGAUUAUAGUAAAUCUGUACCUACUUUCCGGUUAUUUUAAUCAUUGUAACAAUGGGAGGUGCUGACGCGGAAUGUGCAGGAACCAUUAACUCAGUGUUCGAUUAACGAGAAAUUAUAAAAAUCUAAUUUCUGUAUGCUGCACACGUAUAAAUUAUACAUACAUACAACAAUUUAACUAAAAAUCAAAUAUACUGAUAAAGUAUGACAAAAACGAUCUGUUGCCUAUUAAUAAGUUCCAACUUGUAUGAAACGUUUGUGCAGCUUCAAAUAUAUCUACUGUUGACACGCAAAAUAAAUUGAUUUUAAACUUACUGACCAUUGUAAGUUUCAUCCGACUUUUGAUUUCAAUUUUCAUUCGAUUCCAUCGAAUUCCUCAAUUUUAAUUUCAAUGAUCAACCGAUCUUUGCUAUCAACUUUCAAUCGAAUAGCUUUCAUCAUUUAUUUUAUGCUUAAUUUCUAACAAACUAUACAGACACACGUACAGUAUACGUACAACGCAGUGUGACGAAUAACAGCGGAGGAAUCGAAAGGAGAUUAAAUUGAAAACAUUAUUCGUAGGAUACAUAAUAGUUUAUUCUUACGCCAUGCGGGGCAACAUGGCGCACAAAUAUUUUAAACAAUCUUCUAAAAUUACUCACAACUCCUAUACAAAUAGUACAAUAAUAUUAUCUCUUAUUUCUACAUAUUUAUGUAUAUUAUCAAUUAUAUAAGUUAUACAAUUACAUGUACUUAUUUACACAGUUAUAAUAUGGUUUUUGGCACCGAAUGUUAGAGUCCGUUUAUUUUACAAAAUAAUUCCUUUGAGAAAUCUCAUUAUGCGAUCAUUUGAAAAAUAUAGUAUGAAAUUCGUGCAAAUAUACAGGCGACGAUGAUUAUGGAGGAACAACGUUGGAACAGAGAGAAUGACGCGAUGCUUAUAGAAAAGAAAACGACGUUCCUAAUAGGUACGAAAUAAAAAUAUAAACGAUUUUCUUUUAUACCGAAUAUUGAGACAUUACUCGAAGGAAUUCGCUUGUAAAAAUAAUACAUUCUCGGUAGAAUAUGUUGCAGAAUAUAUAAAUCUAAUAAUUUACAGCAAACUUUUUGUUUUUAAAUUUAAGUAUAAUUAUUAGUUAACAUUCAGGGUAAUAUUAAUCCAAUGAAUUAAUAAUCAAUCAAAACUUACUCAGCACGUAAGUUCAAAUUGCGUGAUAGGUAGGUGUACAAUAUUGUGGUGAUAAAAAUGUUCAGUCGCUGCUUAUUCUUGAAUAACUGCGUAUACUUACACGAAGUAUAACGAGAGCGGGGUGUUGGAGUCUUUUUGCUUUUUUAUUUUCAAUGUCGAUUUAUUCGUGUAUAGGCCAAGAUUUUCAUCCAAUUUUACAGCAGCGCCCCAACUAAGGCUGCGUUCUUGCACAGCGGUAGUAUGAAUCAGCGAAUGACGAAAGAAAGGAAAUUUUUCCGCAAGUGACGUGUCAAUUAAAAAAGAAUUUGACAAAUGCGAAGAUAAUUUAUUUUAAUAGCAUGAAAAUACUGGUCAAUAUUACUUUCUCUUUUUGGUGUCAAACACUUAUACCAUUAUAAUUAUUUUUUACCAUAUAAUAUCUAUGACAAAUAGAGCAAAGGUGGCCAAUUUCAAUAAGAAUGAUCAAGUUUUAAAUUAUUUUUAUUUCGAAAUUUGUAACGUGCCACCUGCAUGAGAUUUGACUGAUAACUAAAGUAAAAAUUCAACAGCAUUUAAAGCUCCUAGAUGAUUUUAUAGCCAUCAAAGUCGAUGUGACUUGGUUACCUUAGUUGGGGUACAUGCUAUGCAUUCUGUGUAUGUAACUGUUUCGAAUAAUUUGGAUUCGUCGAAGUAGGUCAGGUUUUGACUGUGACAUUUAUUAUGCACGACUUUUCGGUCGGGCUGCCCGCCGACUGUAACUGUUUCGAUAUUCGUAUAGUGAUAAUGUUCUUCAUUUUUUGUCUAGUAUAAUCGUCAUUGUUGUUUGAAAAUACGGUUGGAUAUAAUACAAAACGUAGCGCAUCAUAUAAAUUACUACGACGAGUAUCGAAUAGAAUCUGUAAUACCAACGAGGAUGACUCACUUUUAUUAACACUAAGUAAAUGAGAUGUUUUUGCUUGAUUCACCUGAGCUUUGAACCUCACAAAUACAUCCCGUAUAUCUUUAUAGGUAUCCGACGAUAAUAGACAGUGUUAGAAAAAUUAAAGUAACACUUAAAUAGAAACGGCAAACAUUCCACGUGUUGAAUCCUGCA